AGAGCUCUGAGGCUUGGAGGAUUCACUCUGUGACUUCAGACCGGCACUUCAAAUUCCUCCAACACCAUGCCAUACAACUGCUGCCUGCCCGCCCUGAGCUGCCGCACCAGCUGCUCCUCCAGGCCCUGCGUGCCCCCCAGCUGCCAUGGCUGCACCCUGCCCGGGGCUUGCAACAUCCCCGCCAAUGUGGGCAACUGCAAUUGGUUCUGUGAGGGCUCCUUCAAUGGCAAUGAGAAGGAGACCAUGCAGUUCCUGAAUGACCGCCUGGCCUCCUACCUGGAGAAGGUGAGGCAGCUGGAGAGAGAGAAUGCAGAGCUGGAAAGCAGGAUCCAGGAGAGGAGCCAGCAGCAGGACCCCCUGGUGUGCCCCGCCUACCAGGCCUACUUCAGGACCAUUGAGGAGCUGCAGCAGAAGAUCUUGUGUGGCAAAUCUGAGAACGCCAGGCUGGUUGUGCAGAUCGACAAUGCCAAGCUGGCCUCUGAUGACUUCAGGACCAAGUAUGAGACAGAGCUCAGUCUGAGGCAGCUGGUGGAGUCAGACAUUAACGGCCUGCGCAGGAUCCUGGAUGAGCUGACCCUCUGCAAGUCUGACCUGGAGGCUCAGGUGGAGUCCCUGAAGGAGGAGCUGCUGUGUCUCAAGCAGAACCACGAACAGGAAGUCAACACCCUGCGCUGCCAGCUUGGAGACCGCCUCAACGUCGAGGUGGACGCUGCUCCCACUGUGGACCUGAACCGUGUGCUCAAUGAGACCAGGUGUCAGUACGAGGCCCUGGUGGAAACCAACCGCCGGGAAGUGGAGGAAUGGUUCACCACACAGACUGAGGAGCUGAACAAGCAGGUGGUGUCCAGCUCAGAGCAGCUGCAGUCCUGCCAGGCCGAGAUCAUUGAGCUGAGACGCACAGUCAAUGCCCUGGAGAUCGAGCUGCAGGCCCAGCACAACCUGAGAAACUCUCUGGAGAACACCCUGACAGAGAGUGAGGCUCGCUACAGCUCCCAGCUAUCCCAGGUGCAGUGCCUGAUCACCAACGUGGAGUCCCAGCUUGGUGAGAUCCGGGCUGACCUGGAGCGUCAGAACCAGGAGUACCAGGUGCUGCUGGACAUCCGGGCCCGGCUGGAGUGUGAGAUCAACACGUACAGGGGCCUGCUGGAGAGCGAGGACUGCAAUCUCCCCUGCAAUCCCUGUGCCACAACCAAUGCAUGUGAUAAGCCCAUCGGGCCCUGUGUCUCUAACCCUUGUGUCACAAGACCUCGGUGUGGACCUUGCAACACUUUCGUGCGGUAAAGAUACCAUCGCCAGAAGGGGGACAAAGAUAUGAGUUGCACCUUAACUCCACCUCAUCUCAAGACCUUAAAAAGUGACCACACUGGACAAAGACAGACCGGUUCUUAGGGUCAGUUCCAGUCCAUGAUGUAUUUUCUGGUUUGAGGAAAUGCAAAGUCUGUCUUUGGAGGAAUCUACGGUAGGGUCGAGUACCAUCUACUCACACAAAGCCAUAUUUACAUACUCAAUGUUUCGCUUUACUAAAACACCUGACUGUGAUUUGUAAAUAAUUCCAUUGAGUGUGGGGGAUCUGGCUGGCAUGCUUUUGAAGCAGAACAUGAGUGGGUGUAACCUUUUUUUGUUACACUUUUUGUCUUUUAAAGACAAUACAAAUCCUUUGUCUUCCCAAUAAAUUCUUAUUCUGGCUU